AGUUACUUCAACAGCGGCCAUGCAAUGAUGGAUUGUCGAAUAGUGCAUGGCCGAAGACUUUGGAUGCUCCAUAAUGGCGAGUGACCCUGGCCUCUGACUCAACGUCUCUCUUCACGACCGAAUAGCAUUUGCACCAAAACCAAGCACCACCCCUCCGUCCCAUCCACUUUUCAGAUCACACGUGCAUUACGCGCUUUGUCCCACGCGGAUGGGAGUCUAAUCGCAUGCCAGUCAUGCGUACUUUUGAUGACAUCCAGCGCCGGUGGGCUUUGCUCUUCAGCACCUCCAUUGGAGUUGACUUGCGACAGUCCGUACGAGACGGCGAGGGAUUCGAUCCCUGUGAAGAUGGCCUUCGUUCUGUCUGCUGGAAGGCCUUUCUUCUUUAUGGACCCCUCAGUCAAGGAUCAUGGCCCAAGAAAUUGAUCGAGUCCCGCUCCACAUAUACAUCACUGCGAGAUCACUUUCUGCGUUUUAUCGACCAUCCCAAUGAUCUUCAUUCCUCCGCAGACCCUCUCGCGGACGAUGAUAAUUCACCUUGGUCGACCCUCAGACAGGACGAACUCAAUCGAGAGGAGAUCUUCCAAGACGUCACGAGAUGCAUGCAAGACAACUACUUUUUCCGCGAACCUGACACGCAAAAGAAGCUCCUUGAUAUUCUCUUCAUCUAUGCCAAACUUAACCCUGACAUAGGAUACCGCCAGGGCAUGCACGAGCUGCUCGCCCCCAUCUUGUGGAUAAUCCAACAAGACGCAGUUGAUCUUGACUCUUUCCCCAAUGCAGACACGCAGACCGAGGGCACGCAUUUCAUGCUAGAGGCCUUGAACAGCAAAUAUGUCGAGCAUGACACUUUUAGUUUGUUUUGCGCUGUCAUGCAAACUGCAAAGGCCUUUUAUGAGAUCGGAGACAAUCAGGACUCAUCUCCCAUUAUUACCAGAAGCAGGAGAAUUCACGAUGAGAUAUUGGCAGUCAUCGACCCCGAACUAGCCACCCACCUCACAGUUGUAGGCAUCCUGCCACAGAUAUACUCAAUUCGCUGGAUCAGACUCCUUUUCGGAAGAGAAUUUGAGUUCAAGCAAGUUCUUCGUAUUUGGGACCUCUUGUUCGCCGAGAACCUGAAGCCGGAUAUCGUUGACCUAACAUGCGUCUCAAUGCUUCUCAGGACUCGAUGGAUGCUGGUAGAAGCGGAUUACACGACCGCCAUUACGGCCUUGACACACUACCAGAUGCCGGACUCGGCUGACGGCCCCCAGCAGCUCGUCAGGGAUGCAAUCUUCCUGGACAGGAAUCGUAACGAGGAAGCUGGAGCUACGCUUAUUCAACGUUAUACUGGUAGACGUCCCAAGAUUAGCCCGGCAGUGAACAAAAGCAGUCUACCCAAUACACAAACCAAUCGAACAUUACCACAACGAAAUCCACCCAGUCGGUCUCCGGGAAGGUUUGCUUCACCACAGCGGCAACUAGAGGGCUUCUUUUCUGAAGUCACGGGGAAUCUGCAGAAACGAACCGAAGGCUGGAACGUCUCCAAAGCGGUUCGGAGCGCGGUGGGUGAAGUUCGACGUAAUAUGAACAAUUAUCAGACGACGACGCACCUGCGACAGCACAGUACUGAUGUUCCAUACUUGGGGCGCCGCUCCAACGACCCAAGGCUAGGGGAUGCCAGACAAGUUUCUGGGGGGGAGAUCAGGGAAAUGGAACAGAGAAACAAAGCGCUCGCUAGAAUGCUUGAUGACUCGCUCGAGUCCCUUCGCUCCAGCAGGCUCGUCAAUCCUGAAUCUUCAGGAGAAGCAGAGCAGGAUUUCAACCUGACCUUGGCCAAGAUACAACUUGUGUCUGUCUAUCUCAUGAAUCCAGAUCUGCCAAUAUUAACCGAGGACCACGCCGAUACCACUAACAGUCCCGUAAAGCUGAGCAUGGAUGACACAACGAGUAGUUCGAAUAGCCAUCCUGCGACACCCUCAGAAGUUAAUGAUGCCUCUGCAACGCAAAAGACUCUUGCACCGCCCGCCGAGAUCAAAGUCCGGCCAUCCGAAACGACCUACCAAAAGCCAACGACAAGGGAGAACAAGGGCAGCCAACCCAAGACACAGGGUUCGCUCAGGCCAUCCCUACAAGACGCUUCAUUCUCGUUUAUGUUGGGGGAAGACCGUCAUCGCUCAAGUUUUGUCAGCUCGGUCGCACAACUUCCAGAGCAGAGACGGGACAGUCAGUCAAAAGGGAGGACGAAGCAAAUACUGACCGAGGAGUCGCAGCCAGGCCGGAGGGAGUCAGACGGUGAGGGCGACGGAUUUACCUUGACCAAGAUUCGUGGUGGACGUGACUAGGGGGCUCAUGCAGCGAGUAUGUGACGGCCUUGUGGUGAAGAACCUACAGGCUGAAAUGGUCAGGUGAACUUUUCAUGUACGGUAUCAUACAAGCCCACACAAGGUGCAAGAUACCAGUGCUCCAACUCCUCAUGGCGGGUAUGGAUGCAGGCCACGUGACCAUCUUUCAGUCCAGGACACCUACGGCAGACGGUAGUAAGGUAUUGCGAGGAUUGAACGAGGGUCUGAUGUACUAUCUUCGGACGUCUACCUAGCAUAAUGGGUAAGUAGUAUUUGAAGUCAUGAAAUCUCUCUGGUUUUACAGGAUACCAAACAGCUACAUGAGAUUGAGUGCAGACCAGUUGCCACGGCUCAGGGCCAUUAGCACAGAGAGAAUGACUUGAUGCCCCUCGGCCCCCGCGUCCAGGCGCCCUCAUUUGACCAUCGCC